AUGUCCAGCAUCCUCCGGUCCAAGCUGUUCGCCUAUGGCGUCGUAUCGACCGGUGUCGCCGCCGCCCUCGUUUCGCAUGUCUACAAUCAACGCCAGAACUUCUACUCGGCUGCUGUUCAGAUGCAUAGGUCUACAGGGAGUGCUAUUAUCUUGGGAAAUUUUGCGGCAUUUCUGUGCAUACUCGCCGGAUAUCUGUUCAAGGCCAUCUUCUUCGGAACUUUGAGGACUAUCGAGGUCGAGCACUUUUACGACAAAUCAUGGUUCUUUGUGACGGAAUCUAUGCUAGCAUUGACCUUUUUCCGGCAAGUAACAAGGGACGACUUCAACCCGCCUUUCAUCGCCCUGUUCGCUGUACUCUACUUCCUCCGGAGUUUCCACUGGAUAGCAGGGGACCGGAUCGACUAUAUGGAACAAAUCCCCUCCCCAGGCCCGUCGAAGCUCUUUCACCUCCGCAUGAUCGCCUCGCUCGCUUUCUUCCUGUUCUGGGAUGUCCUGUCUACCUACGUUUGUCUCUCGAGCCUCAUCUUGGACAAGGAUGCUAUCAGGCGGGGGACAGCAUUAGGGGGAUUGGGAGGAAGCUCGAUCUUGUUUGCUGCUGAGUUCGCUAUCACCCUGGCUAGGGGUAUCAAUAUCACCGCGAAAUAUAUCGUCAACGUGAUCGACAUCUGGAGAGCUCGUGGGCAAGAAGAUGCGCCCGCUUGGGAAGGCAAGAGCAUGUGUGUUUCGUUCGUCGACCUAUUACAUGAUGCGCUGCGUUUGGUCAUUUACGCCAUCUUUUUUUACACCAUCUUUACACUCUACGGCUCCAUCCCUCUCAAUCACAUCCACUCGCUUUACUCGGCUGUCAGGUCAUUCUCUGCGCGGAUCCGCGAUCUGCUCAAGUACCGUAUGGCCACGAAGAACAUGGAUGCCAAAUAUCCCGACGCUACCGAGGAAGACAUUCGUGGGAUGGGAGGCGAAAGCUGCGUCAUCUGUCGCGAAGAGAUGGUUCCUGGGAGCGGAAGGGUACCGGGCAGGAGAGAGGGACCGAACGAUACGCCGAAAAAGUUGGGAUGCGGGCACGUCUUUCACUUUCAUUGUCUGCGCAGCUGGUUAGAAAGGCAACAGAGUUGUCCGACCUGGUAUGUGCUGAGGAUCGAGACGAGUCUCUGUCGAUUCGAUAAACUCACCCGCAUGCCCCUUUCCUCGCCAGUCGUCGUACGGUACUCGCUCCUGCUCGACCUUCCGGACCGACACAGCCGGCCGCAGGAGGCCAGCCACCAGCACCUGCUCCUGGGGCUGUACCGGGAGUUCCCGCUGCCGCUCGACCUACCGCCACGGUAUCAGGAGUUCAGCUGCCGACCGGGACUGCUCGACCUGCGGCAGAUCUUCCCGGUGCCAAAUGUCCUCACAAAGGCCCGCUUGGACUCUGGCCGACCUCUUUCGGAGUCGCGCCUCAGAGGAGAUGGCCAGGAACCCAAACUAUUCAAUUUCCAAGCUUGGGUGCAGGGACAUCAGUACCGGGGACGCCUGUCCCUGCUGUAA